AUGUCGACACGGCUGCUCCUCAGAAGCAUCCGUCGCCAGAGGAGAAGUGGCUCCAGACGGGAUGCCCCGACAGACCGCGAGAAGCUUCUCUCGGCGGCAGGGACCGAAGCAGCGAGAAGGACGGCAAGUAGGACACGCGUCCGACUCCCGGUGAUGACACUGUUGCUGCUGCUUGUCCCUGUCCGCUGCUUCUUCUGCUUGCCUCUACUGCCGCCGUGCCAACACUCUAUGGAUUGCGGUUUGGACGGCGUUGCGCUGCGAGGCGACUGCGCUUCCUCCUGCGUGGCCCGCGCUCAGCAUUGGAUUUCCAAUAGAAAAACAUCUAUUUCAAUGGGUGCCGUUCUCCAUAUGCAUGUGCUGUGUCAACUCCGUUUGACUUUUAUUUGA